UGGACUUCGAAGGGAAAAGUCCGCUGGGUUGCGACUGGCGUCCGGUUGAGUUCUGCUCCGCCAGCGGAGCGCAGAGCGCACGACGCCAGCACCGAGCGCACGAGGCGCGGGGCCUCGGCACUUCCCCGGGGGUCUCGCGUUCGCAGACCUCCCACCCGAGAGGAAGGCAGCCGUCCGAGAAACCGAGGUGUCUUCCUGGAACUGCGCGCGGGACCGACUGCACGCCCUCAGGAGGCACGAGGUUUCUUCUAGGUAUGGAUCAACUGAGGCAGAUCAUCUCCUUAGGCCGCCUUAUCUACAAGCAGUGUGAAGAGAUGAAAUACUGCCAGAAACAGUGCUUGCGUCUAAGGGACCGUGUCCAUGGCCUGCUGCAGCCUGUGCAAAUGCUCUAUGACCAAGGAGAGAGGAACCUGACCACCCAGAUAGUCGAUGCCCUGAAACAUUUCCAGGCUGCCCUAGAGGAAGCUAAGGAGCAUAUAGAUAAGUUCAGCAAAAAAUCCAAUAUCCAGAAGUUUCUAACAGCAGGGAAUAACAGAAUACUCUUCAGUGGAGUGAACAAGAGGCUGAGAGAUGUCUGGGAGGAGCUCUCUCUGCUGCUUCAGGUGGAUCAACGGAUGCGUAUUUCAGGCAUCAGCCCAGGAGCAUUAUGGCAGCGGGAAGAUCAAGAGGAUGCAGAGGAAGACAAGAAGGUUAUCCAAGGACUGAGAAGUGAAAAUGAAUUUAUAGAAGUUUUAUUGAGGCAAUGGGAAAACAACACGAAGGCAACCAUUGAAACCGUGAGGAGCUGGAUGAGGUCAGUCUCACAGAAACCCACGAAGCUGCUCCCAGAAGAUCAAAUCAAGGAGAUUAAGCAGGAGGAGCUUCCAAAAGCUGAUUGGAUGCUGCUGAAGAAAAAUGAAUUCAGCACACUUUAUGAAGGAAGAUAUCACAAAUCUCCAGUGGCCGUAAAAGUAUUCAACAACCCCCGGGGCAGAGAUGUUGGAAUAGUGAGGCAUACUUUCAAUAAUGAAAUCAGAACCAUGAAGAAAUUUGAUUCCCCCAACAUCCUGCGUAUGUUUGGGAUUUGCAUUGAUGAAUCAGUGAACCCAGCUCAGUUAUCCAUCGUCAUGGAGUACUGUGAGUUUGGGACCCUGAGGGAACUGCUGGAUCAGCAAAAGGACCUCACCCUCGCCAAGCGCAUCAUCCUGGUCCUGGGGGCAGCCAGAGGCUUGUACAGGCUGCAUCAUUCGGAAACACCGGCAAAACUCCACAGAAACAUCAGCAGCACAAGCUUCCUGGUAACUAAAGACUACAACGUGAAGCUUGCAGGAUUUGAGUUGAGCAAAACACAGACUUCCAUCAGCCGACCAACUAAAGGGAAAGAAGCAGAGAGACUUGGUUCUGCCGCAUACAUCUCACCUCAGAGACUGGAAAAUGUGUAUAAUAAAUAUGACAUAAAAGCUGAAAUAUACAGCUUUGGAAUCGUCCUCUGGGAAAUCGCCACUGGGAAAAGCCCAUUUGAAGGCUGUGAUUCCAAGAAGAUCUGCGAGCUGGUAGCUGUGGACCGGCACCAGGAGCCAGUGGAUGAAGACUGCCCUUCAGAGUUGCAGGAGAUCAUUGAUGAUUGCCGUGCAUAUGAGCCCUCCAGGAGGCCCUCUGUUAAAGAAAUCUUAGAGAGACUGUCUACCUUUUGUUAAGCCAAGUAUUGAAACUGAAACUGAGUCCCUGAAGAAGAAGCUGGAAGAGCACAGCUGGGCAUCUUUCUCCCUCAUAUACUUCAGCAUGGAAUUAUUUGUGGGAGCAGGGAGGCAGCACUUCUCUGUUACAAACAAAAGACAACUCCAGUAAUACAGAGCCCAUCCUACUCCAAAUGAUAUUGUCAAAAAUACACCUCUGAUAGUAACUCUGAUAGAUGUUUUACAAAAAUGUAUCUCUCUCUGGAUCCA